AUGGCUCCAUGGCACGUGCUUACAACAACCAGCGACCCUGGUGGACGCCUGCCAGCGUGCCUGCGCCCCUGGACGCCGCACCCGCACCGUGGUUCGCGCAUCGGAGAGGCAAGCCACCCCGGCCCGCCGAACUCGAGCGGCGAGCUCGCUUCGAGGCUCGCACAACAGCGUGCCCGGGCGAUGGUGGCGUUGAACGGGUGCGGCCUGGCGGCAGGCAACGCCACUCCCUUGGCACGACAGGCGGAUGUUGAAAUUGUUUCCGACACGCUCAGUGCUGUCACCCCCUUUCGCGUCUCCACCUGGGUCUCCCAGAGAACAGUGCGGCGAGCGCGGUGGCAAACGCUGGGCCCGCCGGUUGCGGACCCCGGACCCGGUGGCCAUUCCUGGCUUUACGUGCCCCUUUUGCAUGCGGCUGCGGGCCAGUUGGACGCAACGGCCGCGGCAGACUGGCGGGCCCCGCCAGUUGCCCCAGCUGCCCUCAUACGGCAAAUAGAAGGGCUCGCGCACGCCGAUGGCCUCAUGCACGCUGGCUCGGGGAUUCCACAGCUCGCCUCCAGCAUCCGCGCCUGCACCGCG